AUGUCGUCACAACAAGAACAGCACAAUGAAGACGAUCGUACUCUUGGUACCAUGAAGUCUCGACCAAAAGAAACCAACCCAGCUGGAAACGAGCAGAGUGCCCACUAUCUCGAGCCAAGAGGUUUGAAUGAGAUUCCCAAAGUCCUGAACGUGCUGCAUCUGGUCGGAGCCCUGAUCCAGACAGCAGAGGCCAUCUUCCUGUUUGCAUUCGCCGCCAACAUCAACUUAAAGUGGUUGGUGUACACCAACUAUCCCGUUGCAGUCGACAACGCGUUGGCAUCCCAAAUUGGUGGUGAAGGAACUGACAAUGUCUACUUCGCUCGACCCGAGAGCAAGUAUUACGCCAGCUUUAGUGUGCCAUGGGUGACGGGAGCAAUCGUGCUGCUCAGUGCCAUUGACCACAUUUUCGCUAUCAUUCCAGGAGGUCGUCAACUCUAUGAGCACCACUUGGCACGCAACAAGGCAUCCUUCCGUUGGUUGGAAUAUGCUGUGUCUUGCUCCCUCAUGAACAUGCACAUCUCUCAGCUUGUUGGUGUCACCGAUUUACACAUUAUUGUGUUGAUCUUUGUCUUAUCGAUUUCCAUCCAGUACCCAGCGUACAUUCACGAGGUGGUGAAUGCCAGGGCAAGAGAUGAAGGAUUUGCUCAAUACUGGUCUCCUUUCAUCUUUGGAUGCAUUCCAUGGAUUGCAGUAUGGGGUGUGAUAUUCUCUUACUACUCGCAGUCGAUUGCAAGAGGAGAGGACCCUCCAUCCUUUGUGCUUCCAACUAUCGUGGCCGUGUUUGUAUUGGAGGGUCUGUUCCCCAUUUUGUUUGUUCUUCAAUGGUUGAAGGUUGGUAUCUUCCAGGACUACGUUGUUGGAGAAUUUGGCUACAUGAUCUUGGGACUGAUCGCAAAGUCGUCGUUGGCAUGGAUCACUUUGGUUGGAGCCGAGAAGUAUGCUGAGAGUUUCCAAUAUGAGGAUGACAACGACGUCUUCUUCAACAAUUGA